GGGCGGCCGAUGUUGCUCGAGAUUCAUCUGAUGAUGGAUCUAGUAGUGAGACAACCGUGACAACGGGCAAUAUAUCUCUCGCCUCUUCUCACCAGCUAUUUAGGAGAACUGUUAGACCGUCUUCGCUGGCGGAAAGGAGGGUUUGGCAGAAGUUGUUUGGCGCUUUUUGACCGCGGAAGAGCCCGUAACUUAAAAAUAACCUUAGCCAGCCGGCUAACUAUUAUUCAUUGAAGCAUACUCCGUAUAAAAUAUAAAAAUGCAGUGACAGAAAGUGACGGCCGAUGGAACGAUUCGAGGCUAAAGGAAGGAUGGAUCGAUCCAUGAAUCCAUAGCCGAAGUUGAUGGUUUCAGCGCUGUGAAAAAGUAUGUGAGACUGAAGGUAAUUACCGAACUAAAGUUGAUCUCAAUCCUAGAUAACCAUCACUUAUUUAUGCAACCAUCACUUUUAUAUUUAGGAUGAAAGCUGAGGCGUUUUACUGUACUGUACAUUAACUACUAACUACAGUUGCCUGUACUGUACGGUGGAGUACUCGAGGAGAGGAUAAUACCGAUGGCCGCUAUAGAACAAAAGCUGAAUUAUUAUCAACCGCUAUUGUUAUUAACUUAUUAUUAUUAUUAUUAUUAUUAUUAUUAUUAUUAAUUAUGAUAGUGAUACAAUAUCUCUGAUGCCUCAACACUAGCCACGGAGGGUCUGCUGUAGUUCUUCUCCGAUCUAAUCAUAUGGAAGGGAGGUUGGUUGCAAGGUUGUUCAAAAGUCGGCGUUCACCUGACUUGUUUGCUGCCGGCUCGUCUUGGGAUCAAAACCGUCGUCGUCGAAUUUCUUCGUUGCCCGACGACGACCAACCCCCAACCAACCAACCACCUCCACCCGCCAGCAACAGCCUCCACAACCACCACCUCGCAGAGAAAUUUGGGUGAUCUUUAUCAUUCCAUCUAGCUAGAGGUUGGCGCUGGCUUUCUAAUCUUCUUCAUAUUCUUACGAUUAGUGUGUCCUGCUUACGGGCGCAGCAGCAUUUUGAACUUCCCGGCGCUGCUGUUCUAUCUAUCCGCCUCCCGACCCGUCGCCAAAUCCUCUCCCCACCACCAAUCCACCCUCGACAAUGAAAAUGGCUUGAUCAUUCGGAUGUCUGUCAUCGGGAUGUCCGCCAUGUUCUGGAAAUGAUCUCACAUUCUUCCUCCCGCCGGCCGCCAUCCCGUCCCCCCGCUCCCAGUCGAGGGUCGUCAUCACACUCCGUCGUCCCUUACCCUGCCUCGGAUUCCUAUCCAGCAAUUGAUUCCCGUGCGCACCAAAAUGAAGUCAUCGACUUGACGGAGUCCGAUGGCGGCGGCAUGGCUGAUAUCGGACGCCCUGCUAAAAGACCGCGCUUGGAUGUUGGCAAUGAGCCCCCCCAAUCUUCCUUAGACCACACCCACAACCAACAUCAGCAACAACAAUAUCAAAACCAAGACCAGCCCAGCUCUCAGCAUCAUGUGUCUUCCAUGACAGGUGAAACUCCAGAAUCUUCUAUGAAUCCCUUGGAUCUCAUGAGCUCCUCUUCGACAGAGCAGACUGGCCGCCCGCCAUGGUCAUUCAAGGGGGAGAUACCGAGGUCUGAUGCUGAGGCCCAACCUGAGGCUUCCCAAUGGCCGCAGUCCUCGUCUUUACCCCCGCUGCCUAUUCGUCCUUGGAAGUAUGGCCCGCAGGAACGGUAUCUCGCUGGGACGACGGACUCGAAAGGCGGUAAGGAGUGCGGGGCAGUGAAGACAACACCGUAUCGUAUCGAUGUUCCGUCCAUUGCGCCGCGGUUCGCAGAUAACAAACCUGCGGAUUUCUCCCCUUGGAGAGGGUCUCAUCCUGAGGAUGUACUGUCGGAGCAAACCGCCAAACAAGGCUUCUAUGACCGUGCCUCGGUGUCUAAUGAAACAACGAGCGCAAAAUCAGUUGUCUACCCCCAGUUCAAGAACCGGUCGGGAUUGAAGCUCCUGUCAUCCGUUUUUGCAGCAGCCCUGGAAAAACGUCAGGCUCUUCGCACAAUCACUGCGGCCUCGACUUUUAGACCUCCGCCCCGAGUUACACUAACCGACAUCAAACGUGAAGCGUGGCUUCGAGAUCUGGCAAACCCCUCUGUUCCGUUACGUAGGCUUAGUCGUACCAUACCUCACGGAAUCAGGGGGAAGGUUCUACUGGACCAAUGCCUUGGGAAAUCUAUUCCUAUUUGCCGAGCUAUAUGGCUGGCCAAAUGUGUGGGUGCCAACGAACUGCGCGCAUUUAAAAGAAAAGGGACGUCUGCCGGGGUUGCAAGCGGUCUCGAAGCGAAGUGGGUACGAGACUGGACGAUCAGUGUACAGCAAUUUGUUGAGGGUGUGAUUGCUGGUAUUGGUGACGCGAACUGGAGAUUGAGGAUUUCUUACAGUAUAAGACUCUCGGCGCGGCUCUUCCUCGAACACCUGGUUGAGCAAGACCAUUUCCUAGAAUGGUUCCUUACGUCGUUUCAUAAUUCUUCGGUCGAGAAUCUUCCUGUUUGGCUCCUCAUGGUAGGGAUUUACUGGGAAAAUAUCGUCCGUUAUCGGAAAAGGGGCAAACGGUUAGCUGAAUGCUUGCUGGAGAAACUGCGUCUGGCUACUGAGGCCGAUCAACACGCACAUUUGAACCCCCUUACCCGGCGCUUAUCUCGCCUUACCAAGACGUUGUCCCUAUCUCAUCCUUCGUGUUUCAUCCUUCCACGAUGCUGGGACAAAUACGAAAAUGUACUAUCAUCAUGUCUAGAUAUGAACCUCUCAGACGACAAGGCUGGUUUUCAGAACCUCAAGGCCCGAAAUGCUCGAGUUUGUCGGUUAGGAAAUAGUCGUCGGAAACCCACACAGUCAACCAAUCAGCGCCUAAUCCAACUUCUUGACUCCUCUAGUGAUGUUUCCACAAUUGGCACAGAGUGUUUAAAUAUAUCACAAGAUUAUAGCACUCUAGCCACCAAGGUUAUAGAGUGGGCAUCAACUUCCUUUCGAUAUGGUCUCGCGCGAAUUUACACAGCGGUGCGUGUUUUUCGAAGAUGGAAAAAGACUGGAAUCGAUAUAGAUUCCCACCUUCUUUCCUUCCUCGUACAAGAUCACCGGAAGUCAGGCGUGCGGUUUCUUGACGUGUACCACGUUAUUUGCGAACUGGUGCGAUCGCAAUCUUUUUCUGUAGCCAAGUACCUGCAGUGGCUUAUGGCUCGUGGUAGUGUCAGCAAUGUCUUGGGUUGUCCACAAAUGCAUAUCCCGGGCGAUAUUGGACUCCUCGGACAUCUGCCGUCAAGUCGUCUCCCAAACCACAUAUGGAAUUUGCGAAAUACACUCCUCUCAAGAACGGGUUUUUUAGUGGCUCUUGAGGUUGAUACCAUUCAACGCAUUAAGGCUUCCGUCCGACGGCGUCUUCCAAACAUGUUUCCUAAGGCCCCGCCUGAAGGGGAUGCUGAAAUGACGGAUGAUGUUGAUUUUUCUUCGCUAAGCUGGACGGUAAGGUCCGAAAUUGGGAAUUGGAUAAGGGAUCAGGUGGCUUCUCAUGUCAAAGAUAGCCUCAAAAGCGCUAUGGAUCGUGAUUUCGGAAGUGAGGUCAAAACGUCAGCACUUAUUCCUCAAGAGUUUUUCGAAGUACGAUAUAUUCUUGAAUGUCUCUGCGAUUUGUCCAUGCUUGCCGAUGUCUUGAAAUAUGCAUCCGGGUCCGACAAUGUUACCGUAUUAGCAUCAGCUGUCGACACGCUUAACUGUCAUCUGGAUUCGUUUAACGCCAUCGGCGCUACCAGUGAUCUCUUCAAAAGCUUCACUAGCGCUUACGCCAGAAUCAGCAAGGCAGAACUAUCGGUUCAAGAUCUAAUUGCUUCACUUUUGGAUGUUGCCAUCAAACUUCCAGGAGAGCUGUCCACAGUUUCUCUGCUCCGCCGGGAUCUACUCCAGCGGGAUAGAAAACUGGCUAUGGCAGCCUGCUCUCCGGUCUCUGACCACAUCGUCGAUACGUUAAAUACCUCCAACCCCACAUUCACGGAAGAGCUAGAUCAGCUAUUAACUUCCGGGAAUAGCAUGGACGAAUCAACCGUGGCACGAAUCUUUGACAGCCUCUGCAAGAGACUUGAAGCUGGGAGCGUAAAUGGUGAGCAGUGUGCGCAUGACAUAGCGCGAUAUUUUGCACAACUCAGGCCGUUCAAUGCGAAAUUGUUCGACAACCUCAUGAUCAAAUGGGUCAUUUCGGUGCUGAGGUCGUCCCCUCGCCCAAAUCUAUCUACAAUGCUACCACCGCUUAUCGGCGUUGGUUGCGUAACAUUACAUUCUUUCUAUGUGCUGGCUAGAGCACUGUUGCAUUCCGAUGUGCAUAAAAGUACAAUUCCUGAUUUGGCAGAGCUUCGCAUCAGUAUGAUUCAACUUCUAGAUUCUAGGCUGUCCAAUGGGAAUGGGUCUCAGGACUUGGUUGCAUAUCGGUUUAAAAUUGCCCGGCAAGAGUACAUGAGACAAUUUUCUGGGGAAGCCCUCGGUCUCAUACAUGAUCUGCUCGCGGAGCUUUCUGAAGGCGGAACCGACUCUCUUCCCAAGCAAUUUAACAGUGAAUUGUUGAGUACCGUUGUGACGCCGCUUUUGUGCGAAAUCAUUGUUCGACAUCCUGCUACUAUUAGUGCGGAUUAUGGGAUCCGUUUACUGGAAAAGUUUCCCGCCUGCAUAAACCUAACCGAUCGGGCUCUGGGUCAUUUGUUGGCGUCUCAAGUUCAAAGCGGUCUUGUUGCUGCUGAAGAAACUAUAGAAUCGAUUAAUGAUUUCUCUUUGCCAUUGUGUCUCAUGAAAUUACGACUACUUUUUGGUUUUGAGUGUGAUAGCAAUGUGAAGAAACGUAUUUAUGACGUGGUUUUUGAAACAGCUAAAUCAAAUAUGCGCAAGGGCCAGUCGCAUUGGAUUGAUGUUGUGGGAAGUUUACAUGCAGAUGCAGCAAAAGAGAUCCGCCAACGAGCAGAGGAGCAACUAUUGUCCCAUGUGCUCACAUCUGAUAGUCUACCAACCAGUCCGACAUCUGAGUCUAAUACGCCACCGGGCUUUAAUGUGUCUGCCCUCGUCUGUCUCCGUAUCGUGGAGGACCUAUCAUUCAGCAUUCCGGAGACUGGUAGCCCGUCACUUUGUCCUACGCUUAUCGAAAAAAUGAACAUGAUUUUGCACAGAAUUACCACCCUUGAAAAUAACCUGAUGGAAGCCAAUAUCAGUCAAGAUAACGACCAUGCCACCGCCAUCCGCCAGGCUCAUGUGGUACAGCAAUCUUCUGUAAUCGCAUUCUGGUUUUCUGUCUUGCUCCGCCUCAUCGCCAUCCACAGGUCCAGAUUUGCCCCAGGCACUCUAUCAAAGUCUGAUCUGGCCGACCAAACCCGUCUCCUAAUCUCAAUCAACUGCAUUGCCCUAUCGAGGACCCUCUCUCCCAAGGCCCCAGCCUGCCCACGCCCUUUUCCCUCAACCAGCCCUCUCACGCUUACCACCCCGUUGCAAGAACCGCGACCUCACUUCCCUUUUCAUGUCACUGACACUGGCAUAUCGACCUCCCUACAAAUCCAAGCCUUAGAUGUUGCCGCAACUCUCCUCGACUCCAUCCCAGAUGAUUACCGCCACCAAUGUGCCCGUUUCCUCCGCGACCGGUGCCCUCCGUUCCUACACCCACAAAACGACCCGCGCCUCCUCUUUCUUCUUGGGCCUCUAGCAGCAGACAACCAGCCAUCCCCGACCACCACGCAAUCCUCCCAGCAGCAGCCGGGAGGCUCCACGCUAUCUCAAGCAAAUCCAGGAACCCCUGGUACACCCGCGACGCCCUUAGUAGUAGCAUCAGUAGGUGCUACCGCAGCCUCCCAAUCUUCUCAACAAUUCCAGGGCGGUAACAGCUACAAUGCUGCCACGUUCAACCCCUUUGACGACCAAAAUUCGAUUGUUGGUAAGUUGCGCGUACAGCAACGGGGGCGGAUUGCGGGGCCAUAUCCACUACGGCCGUGGGAGAUGUUAGAGGAAUCAGCACCGGUUAUUGGGGUUAAUGACACGGCGGUGAAUUUGGGGUGGUUUGCGGCGAGGAGGAUUAGGGGUGAUGUUGCGUGAUGCGAUCGAAUGUUGAUCUGAACCUAGAUAUGGACUCGCGUGUAUGUGGGUAGUUAUGGGAAAAGAGCAUAUGGGUAUUUGGGUAUUAAAUAUGAUUCCCCAAAUUUUCCCUUUUUAUAUAUAGUUGAUGACCGCGCCACUCUUUUCUCCCCUGCAUUCGUGGCAUUCCUGGGAUCAUCUGCUAUGGUUUGCGCUGGAAAAACUUUAGUUUGCGGCGUCAAGGAAGCUAUACCUAGGUACAUUGUGGUGUCAUUAUCCCCUUGUUUUUCCCCUCUCCUCUCUAUUGGGUUUAUUUAUGACCCUCAUUUCUUAUCCCAUACCUACUUUGUCUUUUCUCUUGUUCUUUUCCUCCUUUUCAUUUGUCCAGCAUAUUCUUACGACGAGACGGACGGACGAUUAUGUACAUCCAUACCUUCUAUUGCAUUUGUGCAUUUUUAUUGUUAUCAUGGGCGGCAUACUUUUCUAGGGCAUUCUUCUCUUUUGUUUUUCAUCUUUCAUCUUCAUUCCUUGGGUGCGUUUCACUUAUUUUAUCUGGUUUCUCUCUUACCGUAUUUUGGUCCCUUUUUCGUAUAGCAUACAUGCAUAUAUAUCCAUUACGUGCAUAUUACCCCUCUGUUAUAUAAAGCAGCAUAGCAUAGCGUUUCUAGGAUUCAAGGCAGCCUUGUUCUUGUUAUUAUGCGUGUACAUAGGGACAUAUAUUUAAAAAGGGAACUUUUGCGUUCCGUUGGUUCAAAUCCAUGAAUGCUAUUUGAGUACUCUGUAGGAGUUCGCGGUUCAUUUUUUCCCCAGCUAUUUUCCCACCCUGUUCUCCUCUAUAAGUAU